AUGGCAAAGGAGGGUAGCAGCAUGCUGAAGCCAUCAGACCCUGGGUCGCCAUUUUACCUGGCAAGUUCAGAUAGCCCAGGGAUCAUGUUGACAACAGUAAUGUUGCAAGAAGAAGCCAACUACGAAAACUGGGCGAAGCUCAUGCAAAACGCACUCAAAGCAAAGAACAAAAUCGGAUUCGUAACAGGAUCCGUGGAGAAACCAGAAAAGAAGAAUGCAGCAGAAUGGCGUGCAUGGGAGAUGUGUAACUCAAAGAUCAAUGGGUGGAUACAUAAUACCAUUGAUCCAAGUUUGCAACCGUUUAUAAAGUGCUUCGACGAAGUGAAAGACCUCUGGGACGAUUUGAAGGAGAGGUACGCGGUGCAGAAUUUUUCGCGAAAAUAUCAACUCAAAGCAAGUCUGGCAAGCAUGAGACAACAAGGUAGUAGCAUUGGAGCGUACUACACAAAGCUAAGAGCAAUCUGGGAUGAAUUGGAAGGAAGCAAGUCUCGCAAAACCUGCGCAUGUGGUGACAAUUGUGCAUAUGCAAAGGAAAUUGAAGAAGAGAGGGAACAUGAUCGUGUGUAUCAAUUUCUUAUGGGGUUAGAUGAAUCCACUUUUGGUAAUCUGCGCUCUCAGAUUCUAAACAACUCACCACUCCCAUCUGUCAACAAAGUCUAUGCUGCUGUGACACAAGAAGAGACCCACCGAAACAUUGCUCGCAACCAGGAGGAGCGUGGGAGUGUAGUUGGAUAUGCAGCUCAAGCAGCAACCAACGUGGGGAAGGAGAACACGAUGCAGCGUAUGGUACCUGAUAAGCAGAUUGAAAGAAUACUUUGUCCUCAUUGUGGGAAAACCAAUCAUGACCCUUCAAGGUGCUGGAAGAUAAUUGGGUACCCACCCACUCGAGGAGCAUUCCGAGGUCGUGGCAGAGGAAGAACCGGAGGAAGAUAUACAUAUGAGCAGGCUCACGCUAUGCAGACUCCAGAAAACUCACAAGAUGUAGGAGCCUUCUCGGUUUUGACCCCUGAGGUGGUGAACAAACUUUUGACGUUGGUGGAUCAGCCUCAAACUAGUGACAAGUUGUCCGGUAAGAAUAUUCAUUCACAAUGGCUUAUUGAUAGUGGAGCCUCACAACACAUGACGGGGAGAAUAGAUAUACUAACUAACGACCAAACAUCGACGAAGGAGACUGGUCUGGGUAAUCUUCAAGCAGGCGUUUAUGUGUUUCAAUCGAAGUGUGCCUCAGUUUCUGUUGUUCGAGUUCAAGAGUCUGUUGAUUUGUGGCACAAACGGUUGGGCCAUCCGUCAUAUGAAGUCACGUCUUUGCUUCCAAUAAUUUCAAACUCUGCAGCCAAAUUUAUUUCCAAUAAAGCCUGUGAUGCAGGAUUACCAGUUGAUUUCUGGGAAGAGAGUGUUCUUGCAGGAGUCCAUUUGAUCAAUAGAACCCCAUCAAAGGUCCUUGGUGGUUGCACUCCAUAUGAAGCAUUGUAUGAAAAAGCACCAACCUACGAUCAUUUGAGAAUAUUUGGGUGUUUAUGCUUUGAUAAUAUCAGACCUAAACCUAAUGAUAAGUUUGCUCCUAGGUCCCGUAAGUGCAUUCUCAUGGGCUAUCCAGUGACUCAAAAGGGUUGGAAGUUAUAUGACCUGGAAACCAAGGAAUAUUUCAUAUGCAGAGACGUACAGUUCCAUGAAGACUCCUUUCCUUUUGUUACGACACCAAUCAAUGACUCAAGACAUGCAUCUCUGCCCUCCUUACCCGCAACAAUAGAAGCUGUUGAUCCUACAGUUAUGACCGCAACGUUUCCAGAGGAAGUGCCAUCUCCAGCACCGGCACAGGACCACCUCGUAGAGAUAGAGGAAGGAAUGGAGGCACCACCUAGAGAAGAUAAUGAUGACAGGGGGAGUCGUAACGUACCAAGCGCAGCUGUGCAUGAUGUUGGACGCCAACGUCGUCCUCGUAGGGCACCUACAUAUCUCAAUGACUAUGAGUGCAACAAGGUUGAAACACAUGAACUCUCUGCACCAGCUAGUCCUCCCUCUGAUGAUAGGUCAGGUAUCAAAUACCCUCUACAAAAUUAUGUUAGUUUAUCUAAAUUCUCUCCCAAUCAUCAUGCCUUUGUAGCUGCAAUUGAUGCAGGUCAUGAACCGAGACACCUCAAAGAGGCUAUGAGAGACUCACAAUGGGUUGAAGCUAUGCGUAAAGAGAUUACAGCUUUAGAAGACAACGGGACAUGGACAAUCACCAACUUACCUACAGGCAAGUGA